ACUCACCCGGUGUCACAGGUCUACCACAACAAUUCAGUAUGGCCUCAAAGGCUUUUAAAAACAUUGUCAAAUCUAUCUAUCGUGUACCUGCGCGUCAUUUCCAUGCGUCGACAUCACAAUGCAUGCGAAUAUGUGUUUGUUGCCAGCAGCAUAAACAGACAGCCCAAGAUUUAUCCAUAAAAAAGUAUGAUAAGGUUUUUCGACGCUCAAUUGAAGAUCCUGAGGAUUUUUGGGCAGAACAAGCUGAACAGUUGGUGUGGGAUAAGAAAUGGACAAAGGUGCUUGACAACUCAAAACCUCCCUUCACCCAAUGGUUUGUUGGUGGUGAGCUAAACACAUGCUACAAUGCAGUUGACCGUCAUGUUGCAGAGGGUAAUGGAGGCCAGAUUGCCAUCAUCUAUGAUAGCCCUGUCACCAAGCAGAUCAAGAAAAUCACUUACAGGGAGCUGUGGGAACAGGUGUCCCUGUUUGCCGGAGUCCUGGAGAAGCAAGGUGUGAAGAUUGGAGAUCGAGUGCUCAUCUACAUGCCUAUGAUCCCUGAGGCCAUUAUAGCCAUGUUAGCCACUGUCCGGCUUGGUGCAAUUCACUCCCUUGUGUUCGGAGGAUUUGCCUCCAAGGAACUCUCAACAAGAAUAGAUCAUGCUAAACCUAAGGUGAUAGUGAGUGCAAACUAUGGUGUGGAGCCGGGCAAGAUCAUCCCGUACAAGCCCCUGCUGGAUGGAGCACUGAACAUGAUCAGCUUCAAGCCCAAUAAGUGUAUCAUCUACAACAGGCCUGGGUUUGAGUUCACUCCGCUGGUGAAGAACCGUGAUGUUGACUAUGACUUUGAGAUGGCGAACAGCUACAUGACAGAUUGUGUUCCUGUGCCGGCCACUGACCCUCUAUACCUGCUGUACACAUCUGGUACCACAGGCCUGCCCAAGGCAGUAGUGCGACCUAGUGGAGGACACGCGGUUGUGCUGAAGUGGUCUAUGUGGAACAUCUAUGGUAUCAGGCCUGGUGAGGUAUGGUGGGCAGCGUCUGACCUUGGCUGGGUGGUCGGUCACUCAUACAUUACUUAUGCUCCUCUUCUCAAUGGGAACACAACGGUGCUGUUUGAGGGUAAGCCGGUUGGGACUCCGGACCCGGGCGUGUAUUUUCGCAUCAUUAAGGAGCACCAGGUGGCAGGGCUGUUUGUGGCCCCUACUGCUCUAAGGGCAAUACGCAGAGAUGAUCCAGAGGGACUUUUUGGCAAGAAAUUCAUGCCUUUACGAAGUUUUCGAAACAUGUUUGUUGCGGGGGAGCACUGUGACCGGGAGACGAUGGAGUGGACCAAGCAGGUGUUUGACUGCCCAGUACUUGACAACUGGUGGCAGACUGAGACUGGAUGGGCUAUCACUUCAACAUGUGUUGGUCUUGGGAUGCCCCUCCACCCAACUCCUGGGGUGACAGGAAGACCUGUACCUGGCUGGAAUGUGAAGGUUAUGAAGGAUGACUACACAACAGAAACCAAAGACAUGGAGCUGGGGCAGAUCAUUGUCAAGUUGCCCCUACCCCCAGGGUCCUUCAGCACACUGUGGGAGAAUGACUACAGAUUUAAGACCACAUACUUUGAUUCAAAGAAGGCCUUCUACAACACGAUGGACUCUGGUUACCGAGACAAGGAGGGGUAUGUGGCAGUGAUGUCACGUAGUGAUGAUGUCAUCAAUGUCGCAGGCCACCGACUCUCAACAGGCGCCCUCGAGGAGGCAAUCAUAGACAGCCAGUAUAUUGCGGAGGCGGCGGUGAUUGGAGUGCCGGAUGAGCUGAAGGGACAGGUUCCUCUCGGUCUCUGUGUACCAAAACAUGGUAUGCAUGUGUCGGAUGAUGAGAUCAAGGCUGACAUUAUACGUCAUGUACGAGAUAGUAUCGGUCCAGUGGCCAGUUUCAAGCUGGCCAUUCUAGUGCCUAAACUGCCCAAAACCCGCUCAGGAAAAAUUGCACGCAACACCAUAGCUUCUAUGGCUGCUGGGAAAGCCUUUCAGAUUCCAGUGACAAUAGAGGAUGCGAGUGUGUAUCCAGCUAUAAAGCUUGCUCUCAAGCAGAUUGGAUAUCCCAAGGAACUCCCUUAAGAUCCCUCCAGCCAUUGAGGAUGCCAGUGUGUAUGAAGAAAUCCGCAAUCAGCUUGAGAAAGCUGGAUUUACUACAGGAAAACCAGAAAUUGUCCCAACAGAUUAACACUAGCAUUAGAGUUGGAUUGUGAUUGCUUGUAUUAUAAAAUGAAUAUACUGCAAUAUUGCAUUAGAGAUGUUGACAAUACAUAAAAAUCUUUCAUCUGUUUCUGUGUUCAAAUUUGUACCAAUUUGUAGGAGGCAUUGUUAUGGUUGUACAUUACUAUUCAGCAUUUCAAAUGUUGUCGAUGAUUUUUGUGUCGCCUGAAAAGACGACAUAUAGGGGUUACUUUUGUCGGCGGCGUCCGCGUCACAUUUUCGCUUGUCCGGGGUAUAUCUCCUAAACUAUUAGUGGUAUCAACUUGAAACUUCAUAUGUACAUAGAUCUAAUUGAGGGCAAGUGCAGUGCACAAGAACUGUUACUCUUGCUUCCAUAUUUUUAGAGUUUUGCCCUUUGUUAUUUUUCAUGCUUAAAGUUUUGUCUGGGGCAUAUCUUGUAGAAUAUAAGAGUUAUCAACUUGAAACUUCAUAUGUAGAUAGAUCUCAUGGAGGGCAAGUGCAUUGCACAAUAACAGUAACUCUUGCUUUCUUAGUUUUAAAAUUAUUGCCCUUUGUUAAAUUUCAUGCUUAAAGUUUUGUCCGGGGCAUAUCUUGAAGAAUAUAAGAGGUAUCAACUUGAAACUUCAUAGCUGGACAGAUCUCAUUGAGGGCAAGUGCAGUGCACAAUAACAGUAACUCUUGCUUUCUUAGUUUUAAAGUUAUUGCCCUUUGUUAAUUUUAAUGCUUAAAGUUUUGUCCGGGGCAUAUCUUGAAGAAUAUAAGAGGUAUCAACUUGAAACUUCAUAGCUAGAUAUAUCUCAUUGAGGGCAAGUGCAGUGCACAAGAACCGUUACUCUUGCUGCCAUAUUUUUAGAGUUAUUGCCCUUUGUUAAUUUUCUUGCUUAGGUUUUGUCCGUGGCAUAUCUCGUAAACUAUAGGAGGUUUCAGUCUGAAACUUAUUCCGUAGGUAUAUCUGAUUGAGGGUUCAAAUGCCACCUACACUUGAAAGUUAAAUGGCAACAUCAUUGUCUAUAAAUGAAUAAAAUGCCAAUCUAACAGCUAUAAUGUCGACAGUAAAUAAUUCGUCAGGCGACACAUCCGACUCGCGAAGUUCUAGUUUCAGGGUAUUAAUGGAUUAAAUGUUGCUCAUGUAGACUGUGACACAUGUAAUCAGUUUAACAGAAUGUUCAAGCAGAGGUUCAGAAAUUAUUUUGGUAAAUGGAUUUACACAAAUAUUGUGAAAUUUAAUUUUCCUUUACAUGAAUGCAUAUGUACAUAAAAAAAUGAUACAAAACAUUAUAAACUAUAAUAUUAAAAUACAUGUAAAUGUUUCAUCUACUUAAAUUAAUUGAUUCUACCAUACUGUUUUAUUAUUUCAUGUACAUGCAUUAACAUCCGACUCGCGGAGUUCUAGUUUCAGGGUAUUAAUGGAUUAAAUGUUGCUCAUGUAGACUGUGACACAUGUAAUCAGUUUAACAGAAUGUUCAAGCAGAGGUUCAGAAAUUAUUUUGGUAAAUGGAUUUACACAAAUAUUGUGAAAUUUAAUUUUCCUUUACAUGAAUGCAUAUGUACAUAAAAAAUGAUACAAAACAUUAUAAACUAUAAUAUUAAAAUACAUGUAAAUGUUUCAUCUACUUAAAUUAAUUGAUUCUACCAUACUGUUUUAUUAUUUCAUGUACAUGCAUUAACUAUCAGAUCAGAAACUACCUAUGCAAUUGUAAGCGUGCCGAUAAUUUACGUUAUUUAUACAUACACAAGCUACAUAUUGCAUGAUAUUGCAGCUUAAAAAGUUUGAUUUACAAUAUGGUGCAAUAUAUUUCCUACAAUGA